AUGACACUUUCCCCCAUCUUCCGCCUUGCUGUGGUAGCUUCGUUGGCCUUGGCUCUUCUUACCACUCUGACUGCGGCCAUUCCUCACGCACGCUCUGUUGACGCCUCGGAACUCGUCCGGAAGCAGGUGCCAGCGGACCCCCGAGGUGUCACCACAAUCAUCACCCCUGAUGGCGUCACGGUCCGAUACAAGCGGCCUGGCGCAGACGGAGGCGUGUGCGAGACGACCCCCGGUGUCAACUCUUACUCGGGCUACGUCGACGUCGACGAGAACACGCACAUGUUCUUCUGGUUUUUCGAAGCUAGAAACCGCCCGGACGAGGCGCCGCUGACGUUGUGGUUGAAUGGUGGUCCAGGUUCAGACUCGCUCGUCGGCCUAUUCGCUGAACUCGGUCCUUGCAAUGUCUCCAACCUGACCACCCAGUUGAACCCUUAUUCGUGGAACAACGAGAGCAACAUACUGUUCCUAUCUCAGCCAGUAGGCGUCGGCUUCUCGUACCAAGAUGAAGUGAUCGGCACUGUCAACGGUUCCGGACUCCCUGCAACAAGCACACAGCCAGAUGGACGUUAUGGCUGGGCUGACGCCUCACAUAUCAACACCACCAAAACUGCCGCAAUUGGGGUGUGGGCGGUGCUCCAGGCAUUGAUCCAGGAUCUACCCAUCAUGGACCACACUGUUCAGUCCAGAACUUUCAACCUAUGGACUGAGAGCUAUGGCGGGCACUGGGGCCCCGUCUUCUUCUCGUACUUUUCGGAUCAGAACCACGCCAUCCAGAAUGGCUCCAGCAAGGGAGUUGCACUCAACAUGGGGUCGCUGGGAAUCAUCAAUGGCAUGAUAUCCGCCAAGAUCCAAAUGCCUUUCUAUCCCGAGUUUGCCCAUAACAACAGCUACGGGGUUGGCAUCAACGAAACUGUCUAUCAGUACAUGAAGAUGAGCUGGGAUUUUCCAGCCGUAGAUCGUUCCACGCCGAGUGGCUUCGCCAUCUGCGCAGCGGCCAGCAACUUUUGCAGCAUGUACGUCGAAACCCCAUUCUACUGGAGCACUGGUCGCGAUGCCUACGACAUACGCAAACACCCCGAGGACGAAGACGAUUUCGCGGAGUUGGUGGAAUUCCUGAAUCUCGCCUCUACCCAGGAUGCCAUCGGAGUCAGCUUGAACUACACGACAACCGACAAUAGUCGCGUUUCUACUGCCUUUGGCUCCACAGGCGACUUGGUCUAUCCGGAUAUGCUCGCUGAUCUCGUGGACCUCCUGAGCCAGGGUGUGAGCGUUCAUCUUAUGUACGGCGAUGCGGACUACAUAUGCAACUGGCUUGGGGGUGAAGCUGUUUCACUACAAGUCGACUAUACUCAUGCGCAGCAAUUCCGCUCAUCGGGAUAUACACCCUUCGUCGUCAACGGAGUCGAGUACGGUUCAACACGGCAGUAUUCCAACUUCAGCUUUACGCGAAUGUACGACUCCGGCCACAUGGUGCCACGGGAUCAACCAGGCGCAUCUCUGGAGUACUUUCGGCGCGUCAUCCACGGUCUCGCGGUCGCAGACGGGAGCCAGAAGAUCACUGAUGGCUACGAUACGAAUGGUGUGGCCCAUGCCACGCAUACCAACAGCAUGACUUCACGGACGCCGUAUCCGACAUUGUGA